AUGAAGCUCUUCUCACUCUGGGAAUGGAACAAUAUCUUCCCCAAGUACAGGAACAUGAUCUGUGUCAUACUUAACUCCAUGUCAUGGGUUACAGUAUCAUCUACAGUUGUGUCCCUCACCAUUGCUUCAGCUGGCCAGAGAUCUUCCAUGAUGUCCAUCGCUAUAUAUUUACUAGCUACAAGCUUGACAGCAUGCUUGACUGUGAAACUUGUUGUGGAGUAUGCUAAGGCUCCAUUGGAGGCAAAAGCAUAUGCACCAAGGGCGAAGGUUCUGAGGGAUGGGAUGUGGAUAAAUGUGCAUGCAGUGAAUCUGGUACCUGGGGAUAUCAUAUUUCUCAAAGUUGGGGACAUUGUCCCUGCCAAUGCCCGUGUCCUCCGGUUUGAAAAAAUCAACACAAUGACUUGCUGGGCCAAAAGGGACAAGAUUGAGUUGUUUGCGAAAGGUGUUAAUGAAGAUCAGGCUAUUGUGUUAGCUUCACGGGCAUCAAGAUCCCAACAUGAAUUGUACAUUGAACCAAUUGAUCCAGCUAUUCUGAGCCUCUUGGAUGAUCCAGAACAGGCAAGGGCUGGUGUUCAGGUCAUAGAGCACCAUGCCCAUUUCUUUGUUUCACUAAAGUUGAUGUUCCUGGCUACAUAUAUUGAUGAAAAUGGUUCUAAGUGCUGUGUAUUCAAAGGUGAUCCUGCAAAUGCAAGUCACUUAUACAAUAUUCACACAACAGAGAAGCGUGUUGCUCAUCAGUGCGGCUGUAGCAAAGCAGUCAAAGAGAGAAUUAGUAUGAUAAUGGAUAACCUUGCUGUUGAUGGGUAUCAGGCCAUAGCUGUAGGACAUCAGGUGAUCGGGGUCGAUCUUGGUCAACGGCGGAUCGGGACUAGACUCAGGGAGGAGUUGAGGUCCAAAGCGAUCAAGGAUGCCGGGUGA